AUGACAGAAGAACAUUCUGAUCCCGUAGUGGUGGGGCUUGUAAGGCGAUACAGUGAUCAGCUAGCAAAUAAUAUGCCAGAGAAUGCGCUAGAGAAAGCCGUGGCUGUACACGAGACGGCGCUCCAAGAAGCUGAGCGUAUGCCUACAGCCUGGAGGCGUUGGCUUCGUUUCGAUGUUCCUGAAUCUGAUUCUACCGUGGCAAUCCUGAGAGCAGAAGCAAAAGAAACUACUGAACUUUGGGAAAGCUUGAGACUUGAUAUUGGCGACUUGGGGAUUCCUGGAGACCAGAUUCCAACCGUCGAGACUCUAUGGACCGCAGUUCUCCAAGCUCAAACCCAGUGGGACAAGAAAAAAGAGAAAGGCUUUGGGCGAGCUAAAGUGCAUUUAUUCUCAUUCCUCGAGACUAUGGACGAGCAUAAAUAUCUCUUCAGCAUCAUCCCGAAUGGCGACAAGUAUACAAGCCUUAUUACAGGUGUUAUCACAUCGAUCGUGAAGGCAUCGGUCAACCACGAGUCAAUCGCCGAGGGUUUCUCGCGAGCUCUCCAAGAGAUUAGCAGAGACCUGAAUUUCGUUCGGAGAGGUACGCGAAUGUGCAACACAACUGAGAUGAAGGGGCACGUAAUCCUCCUGUACCGGGAAGUCUUCGCUUUCCUCUGCCAUACGAUGAAGUGGUAUAGUUCCUCUUGGAAUAGAUUUAAAAAGGCGUUCGAUAACAAAUUUUACGAUAAAAACGUCGAAUCCAGAGUCAAAAGAAUCCAAGGUCUAGUCCAGCGAGUCCGUGAUGAAAUGAGGUUGGCCAGCGACCAAAUGGUCCAAGACAUACAUUUGGAACAGAAGACCGGGUUUAUCGAGACAUAUAACCGUAUAGAUAUGCGCCUCGACGAAUUCGAAGGAGUCUUGGAUGAAAAGUUAAUGAAAUUUGCCAGGAUGAUCGGAGAACAAAUGUGCACGACGCUGAUGGCGAACGCCCAACAUGAUUUGAAUGAUUCGAGAAUGAGAUCCUUGAUGGGAACGGUGAACGAUGCUGUGCGCGGCAUAGCGAGGAAGUCUAGCAAUGCGGCCGUCACGAUGACGAGAAAAGAUUUAGAGUGGCUUAAACAAUCGCUUGGACCAUUCGUCGAGCACGGACAAGAAAGCAUGCCUUCAGACUCUAUGCUAACUGAUAUACCGCUCAUUCCGAACGACGUUGCCGUUGACAUUCAGAAUUGGGCACAGUCACAAGAUUCGAGCUUGCUGUGGGUGGAAGGACCAGCGUACGAAGCAUUUGGUCAAGCUCUCCCAACUAUCGGGUGUCGAAUCCGGGCGAUAUCCGAGGAUCUUAGUAUUUCGUGCAUCAGCUUCUUCGCCAAAACAAGAUAUGUGUUUGAGUCCCAGGCGAUAUCGAUGAAAGAUGCUGGUAUUGUCUCCAUGAUAUACUCGAUUAUUUCUCAACUUGCCACUAUUGUCCCAGAAAUCUUCGACUCCGUAGAAGAUCUCGUGGGGGAUAAACUACGGCGGCUAGACGGUACAAUGCAGAGCAUUCCGACAGCGCUAGAAACACUGAAAGCUCUUCUAUCCGUCAUUGAACCAGGGCUCGUAUGCGUUAUUUGCGGAUUCGAACUCGUGGAUUGCCGUGAGAAUCUCAGUAUUCUCGAAGAAUUUAUACGAAUAUUACGAGAACAACCCAUUGAACGUAGAGUCAAGGUUCUCUUUUUAAGUCAUGGAAAUUGUCGAGCUUUGUCAAGCAUGACGAAUUCUAUGCAGCGCUCAGAUGCCACUAGAAUGGUUUUAAGUAGGGGGCGUUCCCCUCUGGCUGGCGCUGUGGCUGCGAAGGAUUUUAACGCACGUGUACAUAGAGAGCCAUAG